AUGAAGUUCAUGAAAGUGGGCCGUGUGGCCAUCAUCACCCGUGGCCGUUUCGCCGGUAAGAAGGUCGUCAUUGUCCAGCCUAACGACAACGGCACCAAGGCACACCCCUUCCCCUUUGCCAUCGUUGCCGGUAUCGAGCGUUACCCCUCCAAGGUCACCAAGCGCAUGGGCAAGAAGCUCGUCGACCGCCGCUCCAAGGUCAAGCCUUUUAUCAAGGUCGUUAACUACAACCACUUGAUGCCCACCCGUUACACUCUCGAGCUUGAGGGUCUCAAGGGCGUUGUCUCUGCCGAGACCUUCAAGGAGGUUUCCCAGCGUGAGGAUGCCAAGAAGACUGUUAAGAAGGCCCUCGAGGACCGCUACACCAGCGGCAAGAACCGUUGGUUCUUCACUCCUCUGCGUUUCUAG